CCCGUUAAGGACAUGACGUCAGUACGUGCUUGAGCCUGCCCGAAAAUGUUCUCUCGUGUUGUUGGAUUUCGAGGGAGCGCAGGACUUUGUGAUGAAAUAAUACAUUUAUACCCGUGAGGAGGACAACAACAAACCGCAUGUUUCUAAACUCGAGUCGUUCGGGUUCCCGUUGAAGUGGUGAAACUGUGUUUUCGGGGAGAGUCCAGCGGGAAGUUUGUGUGUGUGAUCGUUUCUCCCGGAGUGAUGUCGAAUCCUGGGACUCGGAGGAACGGGUCCAGCAUCAAAAUCCGACUGACAGUAUUAUGUGCCAAGAACCUCGCAAAGAAAGACUUCUUUCGCCUUCCCGAUCCAUUUGCCAAGGUUGUGGUGGACGGAUCAGGUCAAUGCCACUCAACCGACACAGUCAAGAGCACACUGGACCCAAAAUGGAAUCAGCACUACGACCUCUACAUUGGAAAGACAGACUCCAUCACUAUCAGCAUAUGGAACCACAAAAAGAUCCAUAAACGACAGGGGGCGGGCUUCCUGGGCUGCAUACGGCUUCUUUCCAAUGCCAUCAGCAGGCUAAAAGACACAGGAUACCAGCGUUUAGAUCUAUGUAAGCUGAACCCCUCGGACAGUGACGCAGUGCGGGGACAGAUCGUAGUGAGCUUACAGACGCGAGAUCGCAUCGGCAGCGGAGGACCUGUGGUGGACUGCAGAGGACUGUUGGAAAACGAUGGGCCUGUGUUUGAGGGAUGUUUCAGCGAAGAGCCGCUGCCUUACUCCGACCCAACCGGCGCAGCAGGAGGCGGGAACUGUCGGCUCGACUCGCCCAGCCAGGAGAACCGCCUUCAGACGCAGCGAAUCAGAGGGCAGGAUUCGAGAGGCCACGGCCACACCCCUCAGAACAGACCUCACGGGCACCAACCGCCUGACCUGCCAGAGGGAUACGAGCAGCGAACAACAGUGCAAGGCCAGGUGUACUUCCUCCACACACAGACAGGCGUCAGCACCUGGCACGACCCUCGGAUACCGAGGGACCUGGCCAGUGUGAGCUGCGAGGAGCUCGGGCCGUUGCCAGUGGGCUGGGAGGUCCGAAGCACCGUGUCGGGUCGUAUCUACUUCGUGGACCACAACAACCGAACCACGCAAUUCACAGACCCGCGCCUACACACCAUCAUCAGCCAGCAAUCCCAAGCGAAGGAAUCCUCCCAGGCCCCCCAGAUGGACGUGGGGGGCGAGGAGGUGGGAGGUGGAGGAGUGGGCGGCGUCGGAGGAGGCGGCGUCGGAGGCGGAGGUGGAGACGGAGACGUGGCGGCUCGCUACGAGAGAGACUUGGUCCACAAGUUGAAGCUGCUCCGUCACGAGCUGUCGCUGCAGCAGCCUCAGGCGGGACACUGUCGCAUCGAGGUGUCCCGAGAGGAGAUCUUUGAGGAGUCGUAUCGACAAAUAAUGAAGAUGAGGCCCAAAGACCUGAAGAAGCGACUCAUGGUGAAGUUCAGAGGUGAAGAAGGUCUGGACUACGGCGGGGUCGCAAGGGAGUGGCUGUACCUGCUGUGUCAUGAAAUGUUGAACCCCUAUUACGGCCUGUUCCAGUACUCCACAGACAAUAUCUACACACUACAGAUCAACCCCGACUCCUCCAUCAACCCUGACCACCUGUCAUACUUCCACUUUGUGGGUCGCGUGAUGGGCCUGGCAGUUUUUCAUGGUCACUACAUCAACGGGAGCUUCACGCUACCCUUCUACAAACAGCUGCUAGGUAAACCGAUCCAGCUCAACGACCUGGAGACCACAGACCCGGAGUUGCACAAGAGCCUCGUCUGGAUAUUAGAGAACGACAUCACUUCAGUCCUCGACCACACGUUCUGCGUGGAGCACAAUGCCUUCGGGAAGUUCUUACAACAUGAACUCAAACCUAACGGCCGCAACAUCCCAGUCACCGAGGAGAACAAGAAAGAAUAUGUGAGACUUUAUGUGAACUGGAGGUUUAUGCGUGGAAUUGAAGCCCAGUUUCUGGCUCUACAGAAAGGAUUCAGUGAGCUGAUCCCCCAGCACCUCCUCAAACCCUUUGACCAUAAAGAACUAGAGUUGAUCAUCGGUGGACUGGGUAAAAUAGAUCUCGCAGACUGGAAGACCAACACGCGCCUGAAGCACUGCACAAGCGAAAGCAACGUGGUGCGGUGGUUCUGGCAGGCGGUGGAGGCAUUCAGCGAGGAGAGGAGAGGACGCCUCCUGCAGUUCGUCACCGGCUCCACCAGGGUCCCCUUACAGGGGUUCAAAGCGCUGCAGGGUUCUACAGGUUCUGCAGGACCAAGGCUCUUCACCAUCCAUUUGAUAGACGCCAACACAGACAACCUGCCCAAGGCUCACACGUGUUUUAACCGGAUAGACAUCCCUCCCUACGAGUCUUACGAGAAACUUUACGAGAAACUGCUGACGGCUGUGGAGGAGACCUGCGGCUUCGCUGUGGAGUGAUGAAUCCACAUCCCAAACCGACAAUACACACAGUCACGCUUGCACUUGCACACAACCUAUUUGACAUUUUACAUAUAUACACAAACAUCGACAGAAUAUCAAGUAUACGAGGAGUAUACGGAGCGGCCAAGCAUCACAAAAAGACACACAUGGUCUCUUGCCAACCUCCUCACCACCGAACUGUUUGGAGGGUUUAACGGAGGAAGCACAGCAGGAGGAGGAAAAAAAAACAGAACGACAAAAAACAAACAAAAAAAAAUAAAAAAGUAUUUUAAAAUUUUUCAGAUGUUUUGAAGAAGCAUUUUUAUCCUUCAGUUUUAACAAGCUUUGAUGUCAUUCUUCAGAACGUCUUACCGCCACAGCGACUCCACGACACACACAACUUUUGGACAGAAUCAGCCAAUCACAACGCGAGCCUGCGAACAGAGACUUUGAAAAA